UUGUGUAUGGACUGUAAUGACAAACAUCAAUACAGCAGUAGUAAUUCCAAAUUUGUCAAAGGAUCAUAGCCGUGAGAAACAAGACGCUGUCGAUAGCUGGGUUUUCUCACUAGAGAAAUACUUAGCCUGUGUCUGAUAUUAAUAUCACAACAUCGUCAUUCAUCAUCAAUCUUAAAGGAUUUUAUUGUUCGAAUGAUUUAACAUAACAUACAGCACAACAUAAAAAGUAUGGCGUUUGAUAACACAACUGCCCUGAUAGAUUGUGACUAUAUCGACAAUGGUUCUAGUGUCGGCGAUGACGUGAAUGUGGCAGUUUCUACCUAUGUUGUUGUUGUGUCUUACGCGUGUAUUUUCCUUUGUGGUCUAAUUGGAAACGGUCUCGUUAUCUUCGUCGUUUUGCGUUACGCCAAAAUGAAAACAGUUACCAAUUUGUACAUUCUAAAUUUGGCAGUGUCAGAUUUUCUCUAUCUUCUUCACUUACCACUUAUAUCUACAACAACGUAUCUACAAUACUGGAUGUUCGGCAAUGCCGUAUGCAAGAUAAAUUUUGUCUUGUAUUCAAUUAACUUUUUUGCAGGAGUCUUUACUCUGACAUCACUUGGAGGAGAUCGUUAUAUUGCCGUCUGCCAUGCUAUAAAGUCCCAAGAAUACCGAACACCGAGGUAUGCCACUCUUGUCAUCAUUGGUAUCUGGUCGCUGUCGUUUUUCGUGAUGCUACCUACCAUUCUCUAUUCGAAAACUGUACCCAAUCACAACUUCCCUGGGAAACUAACGUGUACAAUAGAAUGGCCAUCCGGACAACUCAUACCAACUGAAAAGGCAUACACGUGGUAUACCUUCCUGCUUGGUUUCGGUAUUCCAGUUUCUCUAAUAUCUGUUUUCUAUCUCCUUGUGGUAAUGCGGCUGAGAACAGUUGGACCUGUAAAUAAAUCCAAAGAAACCAGAAAGGCUCAUAAGAAGGUCACUAGAAUGGUGCUCACAGUCAUAUCAGUAUACAUCGUAUGUUGGCUACCAUAUUGGUGUUUUCAAGUAAAUCUUACAUUACGACCUAAAGACAAAAGUCUGGAGGAUUGGGAGAUUCUCAUGUUCAAUUUUUUCACUGUGUUGACAUCUUCAAACAGUAUGCUCAAUCCUAUUUUGUAUGCUUUUCUAAGUGACAAUUUCAGGCGAAGUUUUUUGAAAUCUUUUCAAUGCACUAGUCUGACGGACGCCAACCGAAGUUGGUAUGCAGAGACCAGCUUACCAACGAAACAUAGGCGUAGUCGUGAUUAUGCCUUUGGAAAGGGAAAAGAUGUGGAGAGCAUAGAACUUAAAGAAAAAGAGAACAGAAAAGAACCUCAAAAUAAUGAUAAUCCAACCCAAACCAACGGUCAUGUCACUGAAAAAUGUCGUCUGCUUCAGCUUCACAAAUUCGUAAAACAUACAGAGGAGAAAAACGACCAUAAAGAUAACAUAGAUGCCGAAGAUUCCGACGAAGUUGUUGAUCACUCUGAUGUCGUAGCGUUAUACGCAGACAAGCAGAUUCAAACACGAGAAAUUGUGUAAUUUACUGAAACGUACCAGCCAUACAUCCUAGUCAAUCAGACAUUUAGACAAUACGUGAAUGAACACGAAUUAUGCGAUUGUUUACUCAGGACACGUUAAUGGAGGCGAUUUUUAUAUUGUAAGUACUCAUCAUCAUCAUCAUCAUCAGCUCUAAUAUUAUUGUGUUUUAUGAUAGGAAUGAAAACCUAAUUUCCAUUAAUUUAAAUCUGGAUUCGCUGGAUAUUGUUGCUGUUGAUGUUUCUCUUCUGUUGAUGAUGUACAUAUAAUUGGUUGAACGUAAAUCGGUGGAAACUUAUUAAAAUAUGUAUAUAAAUCGAUUUAUCAUCGUAUUCUUAUUGUUUGGUAUAAUUCUAUCGUCAAUGCGAACUUUCAAACUGCAUUUUCAUGCAUUUCAAACCAUCUAUAGUAAACAAGUUGGCAGUAUUAUUGGCUUAACAUUCGACAUGGUAUUUUAUGAUAGACUGAGCGGUUAUUAAA